AUGCACCCUCGGCAAUGGCUCUGCUCAAGAGCAUCAAGGGACUCGUCCACUCUAUUAUCUGUGCUAUCCAGAUCCGCUCUCGCCCCAGCUAGACAGAGCCGUCUCUUGACAACGCAAGCCUUUCAACCGCUACCUAAACCCUCACACCCUCUCGGUCUCUCAUGCGCUGGCUUGACUCCCCUGUCGCGUCCCUCAUCAUACUCGGUCACCAACUCUACUAUCACGCUGGCAUUGAAACGUCCAUUCACACACUCCGUCAUCGUCGCAAAGUCUCAAGAGGCCGCUCGGUCGUACCGUGAUGAGAUCAAACACCAGUCGGAUCCCGAGGAUGAUGAUGCCGCCGACGACCAAUCUUUCAAGCCGUCUGAAAAGGCAAAGAGUGCUGCUCAGCUCAAUCUAUCCGCCAAGCUGAGCAAGGAUGGUACUGGCAAGACUGGUGGUCAGAAUGAAAUCUGGAGACUGCUCAAGAUUGCUCGUCCUGAGCUCAAGGUCCUCUCUUGGGCCUUCCUGUUCCUCCUUGUUUCGUCAUCCAUUUCAAUGUCUCUACCGUUCUCUAUUGGUAAGAUUCUGGACGCUGCCACGAAGCCUUCUGAAGGCGAUGGCGAGGAUCUGCUCUUCGGCUUGACAAUGCCUGUCUUUUACAUUGCUCUCGGUACCAUCCUGUCCAUUGGCGCAGCUGCCAACUAUGGUCGCAUCAUCAUUUUGCGCAUCGUGGGUGAACGUAUUGUCACCAGGCUGCGUUCUCAACUUUUCAGACGUACUUUUAUUCAGAAUGCCGAAUUCUUCGACGCAAACCGAGUGGGUGACCUGAUCUCACGUCUUGGUUCAGACACCAUUAUUGUUGGCAAGAGUAUCACUCAAAACGUUUCCGAUGGUCUUCGAUCUCUGGUGUCCGCCGUUGCCGGUUUUGGCCUCAUGGGCUAUGUCAGUCUCAAGUUGACAGGUAUUCUGGCUCUCAUGUUCCCCCCCGUCGCAAUUGGGGCUUUCUUCUACGGUCGUACCAUUCGUACCCUUUCGAGACGUAUUCAAAAGAACCUCGGAACUUUGACCAAGAUUGCCGAAGAGCGUCUAGGAAACGUACGCACGUCACAAGCCUUUGCGGGCGAGCAACAGGAAGUGCACCGUUACAAUACUCAAGUCCGUAAGAUUUUCGAGCUCGGAAAGAAGGAGGCUCUGAUCAGUGCUGUAUUCUUCAGUUCCUCUGGAUUCAUGGGCAACAUGACUUUCCUAGCGCUCUUGUACUUUGGAGGUGGCAUGGUCAAGACUGGAGCAAUCAGUGUUGGUGACCUGUCCAGUUUCCUCAUGUACACAGCAUAUGCUGGAUCGUCGUUAUUCGGUCUCUCAGGCUUCUACUCCGAACUGAUGAAGGGUGUGGGAGCCGCCUCGCGUCUGUUCGAGCUACAGGACCGCGAGCCCACCAUUAGCCCUACCAAGGGCGAACCCGUCGAGAGUGCCAGAGGCGACAUUGUCUUCAAGAAUGUCAACUUCGCUUAUCCGACACGCCCUGCAGUGCCCAUCUUCAAUGAGUUGGACUUUACAAUCAAGCAGGGCACCAACGUUGCUAUCGUCGCUCCAUCAGGCGCUGGAAAGUCCACAGUAGCCAGUCUGAUCAUGCGCUUCUACACACCCGCUGAUGGACAUAUUCUCAUUGGCGGUCGCGAUGUGACCACUAUGAAUGCCAAGCAGUUGAGGCGGAAGAUUGGUUACGUCGGCCAGGAGCCUGUUCUCUUCUCAGGCACAGUUGCUGAAAAUAUUGCCUACGGCCGACCUUUGGCGACUCGUGCCGAGAUUAUUGCUGCAGCCCGCCAGGCGAAUUGCCAAUUUAUUUCUGACUUCCCCGAGGGUCUCGAGACACACGUCGGUGCAAGAGGCACACAACUCUCUGGUGGUCAGAAGCAAAGACUGGCAAUCGCUCGUGCCUUGCUCAAGAACCCUGACAUCUUGAUUCUCGACGAGGCAACCAGUGCCUUGGACGCCGAAUCCGAGACUUUAGUAAACCAAGCCCUAAACACCCUCCUCGCGGGCAACAACACCACAAUCUCCAUCGCCCAUCGUCUCUCAACCAUCAAACGCUCAGACAUGAUCAUCUGCAUAAUUGACGGCAAAGUAGCAGAAACAGGCACCUAUAACGAACUCAGCCAGAAGAAGGAAGGAGCGUUUAGUAAACUCAUGGAGUGGCAAAUGUCGGGCAAUGAACCGCCUAGAUCUCGUCCUCAUGGGCCUGAAGUGAGUGAGGAGGAGGAAAUGGAGCAUUCGCUAGAGGAUAGCGAUGCUGUAGAAGGACAGGAUCAGAUGGAAGAGCAAGGGACGAAAUACAGAGGUGAGGAUAUUACUGCUGCGGAAGCCGUUGCUGAGAGGACGCCGAAGAGUAGAGGGUGA